UGGGGAGCUGAUGAGAAGCGGGUGUGGCAGUUCAAGCCAGGAUGAAGAGGUCUGCACCUGUGAGCAGCACCUCUGGUCAUCUGAAAUCGUAUGUUUGGAGUUGAAAAUCUAACCACAAUCCCUCCAGCUCCAUCACCAUUCUAAUCUUGGCUGCUACUUGGCCAUCUCCACCCCCCUCACCUCCCCCACCAAAACUCUUCUAUAGCCCUGAGAUGCCCUGGGGGCUGGAGUGGGCUUUUGUGUGAGAACUAGGCCAGCUAUCUCAGUGGCAGUGACAGGGAGGGGCACUGGGUGAGGGAAAAGAACUGAGGAGCUAGGCCUGGGCUUACCACCUCUACCAUACCCUGGAACUGGCAAAGAAAGAGGAAGUGACUGAGGUGGAUGUAGGAGGGGGUGUGCCAGGGUCUGCAGCAGAAACUACAGAACUCAGGGAGGUCUGCUGGAUAAUUGCACAAGGACUUUCUGUUCCAGCCUAGGGGAACCUUAUACCAACCCUGGGAAAACAGGGUUGUUUUAGUCCAGAAGGUUAGAGCCCCUGGAGAGGAAGUAACUUGCUGAAGGCCACAGGCAGGUGGAGCUUGCUUUGUUUCAUCACUCUCUGGAGCCAGGCCCUGCCCUGGGGCAAGGAUGGGGCAACCUCUGGGCACUUCCUUCCCUGAGGACCCUCAGUGGCAUGUGCCCAGCCAUCUCCUUCCCCAGAAGUGGCUGCCCUCCGUUCCUGAGAGGGCCUGGGGGCUAGUGCUGUGAGAAGGCUAUGUUGGAGCUGAAGGUCCUGGGAGAACUACAUAAACGUUCCUUGGGCAACAGGCAGAGCCCAGCCUGCCAGUAGCUCCCCUGUUCUGCAUCCCUGGGCUUCUGCAGCCCUUCCAGCCAGAGAGGUAAUUUGUAGGCCUGGAGUCUGCCGGCAAGUGUUUGUCUUUGCCCUAGGCUCACCCUCUUGCACCCCUAGAUAACCGUCUCCUAGAGAAGGCUGAGCUCCUGGCCCGGGUCUCAGAGAAACUGCAGCCAAAGCCAAAUGAUGUCACUCCUGCUACCCACCAGGGCCCCUGUAAGGCGGCAGGUGAGUGGGUGGAGUGGCAGAUCUUGUCCCACCAACCUCUACUGCCCGAGAGGGGUUGGAGGCGCCCGUGCCCAUCCUUUGGUGUCUGACCCCCCUAGAUGGCCUACCAGGUGGUGGAGAAGAGUGCAGCCCUGGACGCCCUGCAGUCUGAGCUGGAGAAGAGGCAAAGCAGGCUGGCGGCCCUGGAGGCCCGCGUGGCGGAGCUGCGGGAGGCGCGCGCCCUGGAGGCCCGGCAGGUGAGCGCACGGCGGGCGCGGAACGCGGCGCAGCGCGCGGCCUACGAGGCGCUGCGCGCGCACGCCGGGCUCCAGGAGGCGGCCCUGCGCAGGUUCCAGGAGGAGGCGCGCGACCUGCUGGAGCGGCUCGUGCAGCGUAAGGCGCAUGCCGCCGCGGAGCGCAACCAGCGGCUGGAGCGCCGCGAGAAGGCCCAGCAGGCGCGGGUGUCCCAGGAGCUGAAGAAGGCUGCCAGGCGGACAGUGAGCAUCAGCGAGAGCCCAAACCCCCUAGGAGAUGGGAUCACAGAGGGGGCUGAACCUCUGGCCCGGGCAGCUGAGCCGGAGCCCCUGGAGAGUGAGGCGGGUGAGAAGUGGAAGAGACCGUUCAGGUCUGCCUCCGCCACCUCCCUGACGCUGUCCCGCUGUGUGGAUGUGAUGAAGGGGCUUCUGCAUUUCAAGAGGAGAGGUCACUCGAUUGGGGGAGUCCCUGAGCAGAGGUACCAGAGCCUCCCUGUGUGCGUGGCUGCCCGACUUCCUGCCCAGGCUCAGGAUGUUCUGGAUGCCCACUUAUCUGAGGUCAACGCUGUUUGUUUUGGCCCCAACAGCAGCCUCCUGGCCACUGGAGGGGCUGACCGCCUCAUCCACCUCUGGAAUGUCGUAGGAGGUCGCCUGGAGGCCAAUCAGACCCUUGAAGGAGCUGGUGGAAGCAUUACCAGUGUGGACUUCGACCCCUCGGGCUCCCAGGUGUUGGCAGCUACGUACAACCAGGCCGCCCAGCUCUGGAAGGUGGGGGAGGCACAGUCCAAGGAGACACUGUCUGGACACACAGACAAGGUGACAGCUGCCAAAUUCAAGCUAACAAGGCAUCAUGCGGUGACUGGGAGCCGAGACCGGACAGUGAAGGAGUGGGACCUCGGCCGCGCCUACUGUUCUAGGACCAUCAAUGUCCUUUCCUACUGUAACGAUGUGGUGUGUGGGGACCACGUCAUCAUCAGUGGCCACAAUGACCAGAAGAUCCGGUUCUGGGACAGCAGAGGGCCCCACUGUACCCAGGUCAUCCCUGUGCAGGGCCGCGUCACCUCCCUGAGCCUCAGCCACGACCAGCUGCAUCUGCUCAGCUGUUCCCGAGACGACACACUCAAGGUCAUCGACCUCCGUGUCAGCAAUAUCCGCCAGGUGUUCAGAGCUGAUGGCUUCAAGUGUGGUUCUGACUGGACCAAAGCCGUGUUCAGCCCGGACAGAAGCUAUGCACUGGCAGGUUCCUGGGACGGAACUCUUUACAUCUGGGAUGUAGACACUGGCAAACUGGAGAGUAGCCUUCGGGGACCCCACUGCUCUGCUGUCAACGCCGUGGCCUGGUGCUGCUCCGGGAGCCACGUGGUGAGCGUGGACCAGGCCCGGAAGGUUGUGCUCUGGCACUAGUGCCAUGCUUUCUGCCUGGGCUGGAGCUCUAGUCUGAAGCUCGAAGCCAGAGGACAGCUUCCGCUGCUCCACAGGGCUCCAGAGCCAGUGAGGGUCCCAAGGUGGUGGGUGGGUGGCCUCAAGGCAUUCAGUGGGAACAAGGCCUGGCAGGACCUGGCCUAUUGGUGUAACAACAGGGUGGGGUGGGGGCGAUUACAGUGUUUUUUGUUUAUUUUUUCUCUGUCUCAAUCUCUUUGCCAA